AGCACCAUGUAUUAUUUUCUUCUGAUUCUGUUUAUAUAUUCGGGAAUAUCAAAUAUUCAAGGCAUAAAUUCAGUGUAUGACAUUUUUAAUUUUCUGGAUGAAGACCAAACAACACGAAACCGCAUAGCCAGACGAAGUCCUAAUGAAUUAUUUUCAACCAACGACGAAAAUUUGCCAAUCGGAAAAUGCGAAGACAUGGAGGAAAAUAUACCAUUAAGACUUUCGAAUGUAGAAUUAAAACAAAUUAAGGCAGGAUUCAUUGAUAGUCCUUACAUAUCAUGUUUGAGCCUCGACGGCAAUAUGAUUGAUGAUUUAGUGCCAGGAGCUUUUGAUAAUCUUCCAAACCUUAUAUAUCUCGAUCUAAGUCGAAAUCAGAUACCAACGAAUUCCCUAAUGCCGGUCGAUACUUUUGAGAAUUUGACGACCUUAAUUCUUGAUGAAAAUAUACCUUCUCCCUAUAGUGGGCUAAAUCCCGGAGGACUCUUGAGGGUCACUGGAUAUUUUCCAAAACUAAAAUACUUGUAUCUUCGUAAAAAUGGAAUAACAAAAAUUUCUCCGAACUUUACUCAGAAUGUACCAAAUCUCUCCUACCUGUAUUUAUCCGAGAAUGCGAUCGGAGAUAAUAUAUUAGAUUUUGCACAUAACAUACCGAAUUCAUUAACUCACGUUUACUUGGAACGUAAUGGAAUCGAACGCAUCGUCGGUUGGCAGUUGAUGUAUUUGGUAUCAUUGUUUCUAGAUGGAAACAACAUAAGGACACUUUGUUAUGAAAUUUGUGAUCAAUCGUCACUGUCACUAAAAUUCGCAUCGAACUUGGAGACUCUAUCGAUAUCUCAUAAUAAUCUUAAAACUAUAAAUCCGACAGCAUUCGUCGAUACCGAUAAUCUGUUAAGUUUGGACCUUUCUCAUAAUGCAAUUGAAACCAUUGGUGAAGGAACGUUCAAUGAGACUGUGCGACUUGCUAAUCUAUCUUUAGAUCAUAACCUGCUGACUUCGAUUCCUGAUCUAAGUACAAUGUAUAAUAUAACAAAUUUGUAUUUAAACGACAAUUACAUUCAAAAUAUCACUAGGGGUACGUUUUCGAAUUUGUCGUAUUUGACGAACGUCACACUAAACAACAAUUUGAUCGAAUAUGUAGAACCGCUAGCGUUUUCGAAUUUGCCGAUGCUAAUGGAAUUAGAUCUUUCUAAUAACAAGAUACACCAUUUGCCAUUGAACUGGAUGUUAGCGCAGAUGAAUCUUCGCAAUCUUUACUUGAACAUGAACAAAUUUGAAAGCCUUGAUGAAAUUGCAGUUACCGAUAUUAUAUCCUUGGUGGGAUUGCACAUGAAUGACAAUCUGCUGAAAUACAUAACAAAAAAAUCAUUUGAGUAUCUACCUGAAAAUACAACUUUGUAUAUACAACGUAAAUGUAAGGUGCCUGUUUGUGUAUGGAAAGAUGAAGAGUGUAAUAUACGUUGUCGACAUUUAUAUGACCCUUAUUAUUAUAAUCUUCUAACAGCCAUGUUUCGACUUCCUAUAGUCCUGUGCAUGUUUGUUGCAUUAUCAGAAAGUCAUGCGAAUAAUUCUCUUCACGAAAUACUUCAUCUUCCCGACGAAGACCCAGUCAUUCGAAAUCACAUAUUCAGACGCAGUCCGGAAGAAUUAUUCUCAAGGAUCAACGUGUCUUUGCCCUUUGGAAGAUGUCAAGACGCGAAUGCGAAUAUGUCUCUAAGACUGUCGAACAGUGGAUUAAGGAAUAUUAAUCCUGGAUUCAUUCAAAGUCCUCAGAUAGAAUGUUUAAGCCUGGAUGAUAAUAUGAUUCAAAACGUAAUGCCGAAUGCUUUUGAUAAACUUCCAAAUCUAAUUUAUCUCGAUCUAAGUCGAAAUCAAAUACCAACAAAUGUUCUGAUUCCGGUGGACACUUUUAAUAAUUUAACGACUUUAGUCCUCGACGAAAAUAUAGACUUCUUAGGGAUAAGUCGCGAUCGAAGCUUGGGAGCUCUUGGGUAUUUUCCAAAACUAAAAUACUUGUAUCUUCGUAAAAACGGAAUAGUGGAAAUACUUCCGAGCUUCGCUCAGAAUUUACCGAAUCUUACGCAUCUUUUUCUGUCCGACAAUGAAAUCGGGAACGGCGUGUUACACUUUUUCAAUAACGUAUCGAACUCCCUGACACACGUUUACUUGGAGCGAAAUGGAAUUCAACACGUGACCGUAUGGCAAUUGUUGUACAUAGAGGCAAUAUUUCUGGACGGCAACAAUAUAAAGAUGCUUUGCAAUAAAUAUUGUAGCGAAUCUUCGCUAUCCCUUAAAUUUGCAUGGAGUUUGGAGACCCUGUCGAUGUCUCACAAUGAUCUCGAGAUUAUCGAACCAGAUACGUUCGACAAUGCUGUUAAUUUGUUAAAUUUGGAUCUUUCUUAUAAUGCGAUUGCAGACAUUCGUGAAGAAACGUUCAGUAAAAUUUCGCGUCUUUCUAAUCUCUCGUUAAAUCAUAAUUUGCUGACAACGAUUCCUGAUCUAAGCCGCCUGUACAAUUUGACGUAUCUGUAUUUAAAUAGUAAUCUUAUAAGAAAAAUUGCAAAGGAUACAUUUUCCUACAUGUCGUAUUUGACGAAUGUCAAAUUGAACGACAAUUUGAUUGAAUACAUCGAACCUCUGGCUUUUUCGAAAUUGCCGAUGUUAAUGGAAUUAGAUAUUUCUAAUAACUCUUUGCAUCGUCUAGCACUGAAUUGGAUGUUACCACAAAAAAAUCUUCGAAAUCUUUACCUUAAUUUCAACCAAUUUGAAAGUCUUGAUGACGUGUCUUUGAUCGGUGUCAAAUCUUUGAAGGGACUGUACAUGAACAAAAAUCCAUUGAAAUUUCUGACGAUACGAUCAUUAACCGAUUUACCAUUAAAUACAACUUUGUACGUGGAAAGUGAUUGCGAGGCGUCUAAGUGCGCUUGUGAAUUCGGAGAGGACGACUGCGACAAAUAUUGCCCAUAUUUACGGAAUGACGAUUACGAUUUGGACAAUUCAAAGCAUUUUGAUUGAACUAAUCGUGGUCGUACGUUACUGUAUAAUUAAAUAGAUUAUAUUAGAUAUCUACGUACAGUCAGGUCCACCAGUUCAGUAUUCCCUUGACAGUUCGAUAAUAGUCUCUAGCAAGCUACAUAAAAUUUUUGUUAUAAAGCAUGCUUGUGCAUUGGUUUGCACUAAAAUAUAUUUCAUUUUAUCGUAUACUAUAAUAAUUUUAUGAGAAUCCACGUGUUAUUUGCGAAGGAUUGCAUUCUUUAUGAACUGUCAAAAAAAACACAUCAAACUCAUGGACCGACUAUAGCUAUAUGGAUUAUUUUAAUCGAAGGUCGAUUAUCUUUAUUAUAAUCAUUUAACGUUUAAUUAUGAAUUAUACAGUGAACGGUUAUAUAUCAAGGAAUAGGAAUAUACCUACGAUUCGCUUUAGAUUAAUCAUAAGCGAUAGUUCUAACGGGUAAUCAACGCUAUAGUAAACUGAAUUGCGCUUGUACGAAUACUGUAAUCUGCAUAUAUUAAUCCUUGUAAACUGCCUGCUAAAGCUGAAUUUUGUAAAUUUGAAUAUUAAAAUAACAACAAAAGAACGAGCCUCUAAA